CAGAAAUAUAGAAAUAAAAGAUGCAACUUAAGAUAGGAUUCUUUAUUUAGAAUUUCGUUCAUGCAUAGAAAAAUUCAGGAUUUAUAGAUUUAUUGGUAACCUUUGAUUCUUGAAAACUUGUGGAAGCAUGCUAAAAUUAAUAACAACGCAAGUGAUUCAUCGAGCAUAGACUAAUACAUAAUCCUUCAAUUUUCCAUAAGUUUCUAGAGUCUGUUUUCAUUAGAGAUGAUGUACAAAUCUUUCUCCUAGCUUUUUAAAACUAUAUAAAGAAUUUUUCUAGUGUAUUCCAACAAUACUCAAAGAUACUAUGUAUAAGACACUUCAGUAUUAACAUCUCUAGUCUAAACCUUCAAUCAAGGAUAUAUCGUUUCAUGUAUGACUCUUACAAUAUUAUUAAACAAUGAUUUAUCAACCGGACCAAUGAUGCAUAAAACCCGUACGAGCAGUUUAAAGUAUUUAUCGGUUUUUCUUCCUGUGUAAACCUGCCUGUUAAGUCUAGAACAACAAUCUCAGCCUCUGUGAUAUGAAUCAUUUAUUUCAAACAUACUGGGUUUAUACACAAACCGAACAGAUCAUAUCGCACCGUAAAAUAGAAAACAACAUUUGCACAAGAUUUAGCCAAAAGUGGUCGUGAAUGUAGGAUAUAGUAAUUGAUAGAUUGGGCAUAACUGAAGAAUGGUAGGUCGUAUAAUACUAGUUCAUAUGUCUAAAUAAAGCUUAUGAUGAGAGGAACACGAAUAUGAAUACUUUAAUGACUUAACAAUCAUAUAACAAGUAAUAUACAUAUAGUAUUAUUUUAGAAAUAGAUUCAAAUAGUUAUCAUUUAUUAUUCUCAUCGGUGGUAUAAUAAUUAUGAAUUCUAUCUUCUUUUAAUACAACUAAAUUAUUUCAUUUAAAGAUACAUCUAAUGAUGAUAUACCAAGCAAUAAAAUAUUUAACCCUAUAAAAAUGAUUCGACCAACAUACUACUAAGUAUUUUCAUAAAUGUUAUUACUAUUCUCUAAAAUCAAAUGGUUGUUUUUUUGUCUCCUAUUUCCACCUUUUUUUUAAAAUAAUAAUAAUAAUCUAUUUAUUUAAUUAUCUUUCCAUUGAAAAUCAAUUUUAAUUUUAAUAAUAUUGAUUGUUUUAAUAAUGAAUAAAUAAAUGAAAAUUUAAUAUAUAGUAAAUGAGAAGAGUGAACAAAUUGUUACUAAGAGAUAAUCAGAAAAGGAAAAAAAUAAUACUAAACUAAAUUUAGUAACAAAAAAGAAAAAAACCACGAUAAUAGUAAGUCAUUUAUUGUAUGUAUUUAUUUUACACUUCUUUUAAUAUUCAAAUAUUUAUUUAUAUUAUGGAAAAUUGAUUUUACUAUAAAAUGAAAUGAACUGGAAACGGUUUGAAACUUGACAAACGUUAAAUAAUAAAUUAGAUUUCUAUGUUUGAAAAUAAGUAACAGCUCUUUCUGUAAUAAUAAUAAUAAUAAAUUAUUAUUAUUGACAUUAUACCUUUGUUCAAUGCUAAAAUAUAAUCAUCUUCAGGAAGUGGAUUUUAAAUCAAAACUAUAGAUGGAUGUUAACGGAUGAAACCAGAUAAAAUUGGUAACAACUUAAAAGUACUGUUUAUUGUAUUUAUUUAUUUAUUUGAACACUUAAUUAUUGGUACAAAGGGGCACCAGAUAUAUGCGUCACACAAAACAAUGAGAAUGGGAAGAGAAAAAAAUUUAAGGUGCGUAUAAGAAAAAAAGUAAAAGAACGAUAACAACCACAGAUUAGGGUAUGGUAGUGUAAUAACAAUAAUAAUAACAAUAAUAAUGAGGGAAAAGGAAAGGUACAACCAGAAAAAGUUCUUUCGGUUAAAAAACCUACAACCACUUUUUAUAAAGGAAGUAAAAGAAGACUACAGCAGGAUCGCCACUGGCUUCUGUUCUGAGCAGUAUCUAAUGACGUCUUAAUUCACUGUGUUGAACCAUCCCUCAGACCCCAGCCAGGCAGUCGUGAAGAACUAACAUAAGCUAGCCCUUUCCAGCUUUCUUUCAUACCAUGACACCCUGUCAUACACUGACCACCUCUCCGCUUUUUCCAACCAGUCCCAGAGUCGGCAAAUAAUGCACAACAUGUAAUUCUCUGGGAUGACAUUUGUAGAACAUGUCCAAGCCGCCGAAGUCGGUGUUUCAAGACGGCGACAUUAAUUGGAUUGUCGUCUCUGUGCCCGAACACACGAUGCCGAACUUCUGCAUUACUAACAUGGUGUCGCCACUGGAUGUUAGCAAUCCUUCGGAGACAACGAUGGUCAAAAAGAGAGAGUCGUUUAAUAUCCUCAACUCGGAGAGACCAGGUUUCACAAACACAGAGCAGAACCGCUCUUACCGAUGCGUUGUAGAUCCAAUCUUUUACAGCCUGACUGACAUCACGAAGGUGCUAAAAUGGCCGCUCUGGCUUAUUGACCGAAUUUUGAAUGUAGUUAACACUAUAUUUUGAACUAAAGAUUAGAUAGUGAUAUGUGUACAAUAAAAAUUCUUGGUUUUUGUGUCAGUUGUAUUAAGAUCUAUGGCACCUUGUUGUGGGAAUAAAAGUAUUAUAAAUAGGUUUCCAUGUGACCUCAGUCUGUGUAAAAUCGUCUAGGACCGAUUACUUGGAUUUGGUUGCUUAGUUAAACCAUUGAAUAGUCCAAUGUAUUAUUGAAUUAAUUCAAGCUGUUACUUUCAUUUAAAAUAGGUGUAACAAUAUUUAAGUAAUACAGUUUGUAUCCACUAAAGAUGCCUAAAAAGAGACAAACAACUAGAAAUAAACAUCUUGUUUAUCCUUUGAAAUUACCAGUGAAAAGUUUAAUACUAGUCAUUUAGUUUGUAGUUAUGAGUACUUUUGUUUGUAUUGUUAAUUACUUACUUACUUACGCCUGUUGCCACUCAUGGAGGAGCAUAGACCGCAUACCACCAAUCCUUCCCCGUUUUUCUAGUUCCUAUUCAUCCUAUUCUUGUCUGCUUCCAAUUAUCGGAGCAGUAUGUUCCCUCGUCAUCCUCUUUUCCAUUUUCCUUCAGGAAUCCGAAUUAGCGCUUGUCUCGUGAUGCAGUUUGGUGAUUUCCUCAAUGUUUGUGCCAUUCACUUUCAAUGUCUUCCCCUAAUUUCCUGUCCAGCUAAAAGCUGAUUUGUUCUUUCCCACAGUAGAUUGUUGCUCAUGGUAUCUGCCCAACGGAUAUUGGGUUUCUCGUGUAGACAAUUGUUUACAAAUACUUGUAUCCUUUUGAUGAUGGUUGUAGUAGAUCUCCAAGUUCAAGCUGCCUACAACAGAGCUGUUUUGAUGUUCGUAUUGAAAAUUGCGACUUUGAUGUUGGUUUGCACACAGUUGUUUUGAGUUCCAUUUAUUCUUCAACAGUAGGAAUGUGACCCUUACUUCGCAAAUCAUUGCCUUUACGUCUGCACCAUGUCCUCCUUGUUCAUGGAUGACGUGCACCAGGUGAGUGAAAGAUUCCAUCCGUUCCAUAGCUUCUCCAUCGAAUGUGAUUGUGUUGGUGUUCUCUGUGUUGCAUUUGAGCAUCUUGGUUUUUCCUUUGUGUACGUUGAAGGCUACUGAUGCAGAGUUUGCUGCAACACUUAUCUUUUUCAGUUGCAUUUGUCGCUGUGUAUGAGAUUGAAGAGCUAAGUCAUCUGUAAAGUGCAAAUCGUCUAGUCGCAUCCGAGCUGUCUAUUGUACUUCAUGUUUCCCCUCGGGUAUGGAGAUUUUCAUGGUCCAGUCAACCAUCAGAAGGAGAAAGAGGAAGGUUGAUAGUAAGUAGUCCUCAUUUGGAACGCGCCGGUCAGCUAUCCUCUAUGCACCACUUCGCACUGUAGUCCAUCGUAAGAGUUCCGUAUGAUAUUGACGAUCGUCUCAACUACUCACUCCACAGUGUUGAACAAGUUUCCAUAGUGUUUUCCUAUCCACAAUAACAAAUGCUUUCUCAUAGUCAAGGAAGAUGAUAUGUAGUGACAAGUUCCAUCCAGUUGACUGUUCAUCGAUGAUCAAUAAUAUCGCUAUUUGGUCUGUGCACGACCGAUCCUUAUGGCAUCCGGUGUGUUGAUCUCGAAGCUAGGCGUCUACUGAAUCUUUGAUCCGGUUCGACAACACUCUGUUGAAAACGUUUUCUGGUACUAAUAAUAUUGUGAUGCCUGUGUAGUUCUCACAUGUGUGAUGAUCUCCUUUCUUUGAUGUGUAGAUGAGGCAACCUUCUUUUCAGUUUGUUGGCUUUUGUUUCUCCUCUCAAAUCUUUUUGAAUAGAACGUGGAGCAUGUUGGCAGUUACUUCUAUGUCUGAUUUCAGUGCUUCAACUCGUAUAUUUUCAAAUCCUGAUGCUUUCCAUCUUAGUGUUUUGGUCGUUAAUAGAGUGACAUCUGUAGGAAGAUCUGUGUGUUUUGCUUCAAUGUCGGUUGGUUCAGUGCCUAUGGUCUACUCAAGAGUUCCUCAAAGUCUUCUACUUACCUCUUCCUCUGUCCUCGAAUCUCAGUGAUUGUCUUGCCUUAAUUGUCCUUGACCUCUCUCUCUGCUUUACUAUAUUUCCCUGUCAGUUUCUUCGUUGUGCCACAUGGUUGUUUCAUAUUUCCUUCUGUUGCAACCAUCGUUGCUAGGUCUACGUCGUAUUUCUGCUUGUCAGCUCUAAUGCUUAUCUUCAAUUACUUAUUUGCUUCUGUGUAUUCAGUUUGUGCCUUCACUUUCUCUGUUCAUGUUCGACUGUUGUUAUUUACUGUCUUCUUAUCCUUCCUUUCUAGAAUGUAAAACAGGGUUUCGACAGAGAUCCAUUCCUUAUGAUGAUGCUUGGUGCGACCCAAAAUCUCCUGACACGUUGAAGUCAGUGCUUCUCUGGUACCUUUCCAGUUGUUCUCCAUGGUAUUCAAUUAUUCGAGUAGAUCUGGUUCUCCGUGGUGUGAUGCGUUGAGACCCAUGUAGCUUUGUGUAUGUGCCGCCUAUAACCAAUUUGUUGAAUGCAUAUAGAUUCGCAAAGCUCUUUCCAUUCUCGUUCCUUUCUCCCAGUCAGUCCAUGUCGUCCUACGAUAUCUUCAUACCCAGUGUUGUCCAUUCCGACUUUGGCGUUUAGAUCUCCCAUCAUUACGGUCAGGUCAUUUCCUAAACGAUUCGCCAUGAUAGAUUGCUGUUUCUCUCAGAACUGAUCUUUAUCAUCGUCAUCGCUUCCAUUGUUGGGUGAGUAACGCUGGAUAAUAUUCAUUGUGAUUCCCUCCAUCUUUAUUUCGAAAGAUGUUUUAAUGAUCCUGGGUCCAACGUAUGAGUGCAUUUUGUGCUUCUUUGGACAGGAUCGAAACAACUCCCUGAGUGUGUGGAGCAUUUUCCUCUUCGUGGCCAGAGUAUAGCAAUAUCCCUUCUGUAUCUAAACGUUUCUGUCUUUCUUUGGUCCAAUGUAUUUUACUGAUUCCGAGAACAGUCAGUUUAUAUCUCCUCAUUUCUGUAGCAAUUUGAUUGUUCCCACCAGUCUUUCAUAUUGUCCAGACAUUCCAUGUACCUAUAAAAAUUGUUGCUCUGUUUCUUAGAAUAGGUAUGGGUAUCGUGACUUCCGAGGAAUAUCAACUUUCCCUAUGAGGUAUCAUAAUUCUUCUGAAUAAAUAUCUUUGAGAUCCCAGAGCGGAGUUUAAAAUACCUGGGUAGAUAAAUUAAAAGCUUCUAGAUAAUGAUAUGUAUCCUGAAAACAAAAGACCCAAAAUUUAAAAUAAAAUGAAGCGUAAACAAGUUAAUGAAGAUACUACACUAAAUCAUAACUAUUAUAACUUGGAAUAUAACAGAUUUACAUAUUAUUUUUAACCAGUUAUAUUUAAGGAAGGUUUUGAUUCGACAAUUGUAAUAAUCAACAAUGAUUGGUCAGUCAUUUGUUAGUGAUUACCGUAUUCAUAUAUUCGUAAAUUGAUAUAAUUCACAGUUUUUGGGGGAUAUAGAGGAUUUUAAUAAUAAAAAUUAAUAAUCAGCCAUGACUUACAUUAUUUAAUAGCAAUUUUUAAUAAUAAUUUAAUCAAAUGUGACUACUAGCAUAAGUGAAGUAUUACAGAAAGAUGAAAUGAUAUCAAAAGAAAGGAAAAAAGUUCGUCGAAUCGGUGUUAUAUCUAAACCUGAUAAUUUAGAUUAUCAAUUGGUUAAAGGAAAUAAUGAUCAUGAUAAGAAAUAUUCAGUAGAUAGUCAACAGAAAUUUCCAUUUAAUUUAUCUCGAAUAAGAAGUCCGUCAUUUAUAUAUGCUUUCAUUAAACGUAAACAUUCACAACCAACUGAUACUAAGGAAAUCUCACUUAAUUACACAAGAAAGCAUUCAGUGCCUAUUUCAUUUAUCAGAGAAAGACUAUCUUCUUCACAGUCACCUGAUCAAUUUAAUUUACGUUUAAGUAAUAUAGAUGAAAAAUUAACUAGUCACCCUUCUGAUAUAUUUGACAAUGAACAAAUAGACGAGGUAAUUGGAAGAGAAACACGAAGUACGUCUCUUCAACGUGUAUCAUUUGCGACACAACAUUUGGAAAUAAAUUUACCAGAUGAUGAAAAUAUCAUAUCAGAAGAUGAAAAUCAUAUAUCUAAUACAAGAGAAAAAUAUUGUAAAAAUGAUGUAGCCAAUGCUUCGGAAAAUUAUAAAGAGAGCAAAUGUAGUACUUCUAGAAGACAUCCCCGUUAUUCAUUGCCAGCUAUGUGGGGUCGCGGAUCUGGUCUAGCCAACCUAGGACUUAAUACGACAGCUACAGCAAGUCGUAAAACUCAUCCUCAUACAGCGGUUGAUUCAAAGGAUAAAACGUCUAGUAACCGUGGAGAUAUAUCCUCAGCAUUGAAUUCCGGAGCAAGUGGACAAUGUAGCGUUCAUUCAACUGUUCAUCGACCAAGCCAUUCUCCCUUAUUUGUAAGUGGAAAUGCAACACCAAGUUUUGAACCCCCCGUAGUCAUAUCAUUAGAAGGACCAGUAAGUCCUAAUGCAUAUGGACAGCAGAGUUCCGAGCCGAAAACCGUACAAACCGUACAUUCACGUUUUAGACAGUUUUGGGUGGAGACUUUUGUUGGGGGACGUUCCAGAACGAAAUCUGAAAAUCAAACUCCUUUGCAAGCUGAGAGUCAUAAAGUGAGAUUUUCUGAUCGCCUAAGUGAACCAUUAGACCCAGAAAUGGACGUCUUACCACCUCAUGCAUAUACAAUAACUGGAGGUUCAAGUCAAGCUGCUUCAAUCCUACGACCUUUGGCUGUGUAUACUAACCUUUCUGGUCCUCACUCAGAUCAAGUAUCCCCACGAUUUAUCUCAUCUGGUACUGGUAGUCUUCGACGACUAGUAUCUAAAAAUCAUCGGGGUGGGGCAAAUGGAAUGUCAAUUACACCUCCAGCAUUUUCACUAUCCCAUCAAAGCGAUAAAUUUUGGUGGUCAAAAUCUCCUAUUGGACGAAAAGAACGUUUUGUCUCUACCGGUAACAUAACAGGGAAAAGUUCAGAUGACCUUUAUAUACAUCCAAAACCUUCUAAACUACCUCGUGAACAACCAGUUAGUAGUUUGGAAUUUACGACUUCACGAUUGAAAAAUCCGAAGAAGAAUUUUCCUUUGAAAACUAGUUUGGAUGUUUUACGCAGGAAAAGAGCUGGAAGUUUAAGUGGAAGAGUAGUCGACCGAAAGAGUCUAACAAUAUCUCCUCAACCACCUAGAGGAUUUAUAAUGGAGCAUUUUUCCAGAUCAGAGGAGAAUAUUGUCUAUGAAACAGAUAAACCACGAAUAAAAGCCUCAAGUUAUAAUGCCAUUGAACCUUCAAGUGCUGAUUCAGCUUCUAGUGUUCUAGUAACAGGACCAUUAAAUGAAAUUUCACAGAUUCCAGAGAAAAAUGAAUUAAAAAGUCAUGAUCAUGGUCAUCAUCAUCACCAUCAUCAUCAUCACCACCAUCACCAUCAUCAUCAUCGUCAUAACAAUCAUGGUCAUCAUCGUAACCGAGGUCUAACGCAUACAAUGACACGUGUAGUAGAAAGUAGACGAUAUUUAAUGUUCACAAAAUCACUACCAUUUUGGUCAGCUAAACAAUAUAUGGAAACACAUGGAACAGGAAUGGGUGAAUCAGAAACUUAUGCUAUAUUAUUUCAACAUACACCUUGUUAUGAUUUGGUUCCGGAUAGUGCUAAACUUAUUUUAUUGGAUAGUCAAUUAACUAUAGGUAAGGCAUUUAAGGCACUUAUUUACAAUGGUAUACGUGCUGCUCCAGUGUGGAAUUCGAAAAAUCAAAAUUUUAUUUCAAUGCUUACUGUAACUGAUUUUGUACAAAUGUUAAACUAUUGUUGGAAUCAAACUGUACCAUCAAAUAUUGCUGAAUUAAAGAAUAUACAAAUUGAUGAUGUGGAUCAAAUAACAAUACAGAAAUGGAAAGAUAUGCUCAUAGCUGACAGGACACAUCGUUUAUCAUUACAAAUUACGUCGUCUACUAGUAAAAAUGUGGACAAAUCAAUGAAUAAAUCUCAUACUAGUAUUAAUUUUACAACAUCAUGGCCACCGUCAAUCAAUACAUCAUCGUCAUCAUCGAGUUCACGUUUAGCAUCUAGUAAUGGUGACAGCGAUAGUAAUAGCGGUAGUAGUAAUGACAGUGGAAGUGAUAGCAGUAGUAGUAGUAUCAGUAGUGGUAGUAGGAGAAGCAACAGCAGUCGUUCUAGUAUAAAGUCAUUAUCCUCAGACCUUCCAGUAAUACAAUUAUCAUCUACCAUGUCAAACCAAAAUUUGUCUGACAAUACAAUGAAAUGUACAUUGGAUGAUACUGAAAACAAUGUUGGCGAUGUGGAAAUGAGGACUCAAAGUGAUAACACUUCUAUCAAUAAAAGCAACCAAACACUAUGUUUUCUGAAUAAACCAAUACAGAAUAUUUUCCCUGCACGUUUAUUUAUCUGUGAUCCAGAAGAAUCUAUUUUUAAAGCUUUACGAUUAUUGUUAAGAUUUCGAUUACAUCAUUUGCCAAUUAUGGAUUCACCUUUCGAUGGAUGUGGUAAUAUACUGUAUGUACUUACUCAACGUAAACUAUUGAUGUAUAUGUUUGAAAAAUUAAAUAAAUUACCUCAACCAAGAUUUUUACAAUCAAGUUUAACAGAUUUGAAUAUUGGAACGCAUGGAUCCAUUUUAUUGGUUACACCAUCUACUCGUCUAGCUGAUGCACUUUUAUUAUUUCGAGAGAAUUGUGUGACUGCUUUACCAGUUGUAGAUUCAAUAACUAAUCGUCGUUUAGUUAAUAUAUUUUCAAAAUUUGAUGUAUUCACCCUUGUAUUAAAUGGAGCUUAUAAAAAUCCUAACUUGACCAUUCGAGAAGUACUCGACAUAUGCAAGACAAAUACUAAAUCUAUUGAUGAGACACAAAGAAAACCACCUGUGGAAAUAUGUCUUGCAUCAAACAACUUACUUUAUGUAAUGGAAAAAUUAGUUAAAACAGGGUAUCGUAGUCUUGUAAUUGUGAAUAAUACAAAUGAUUAUCGUGUAGAUGGUAUAAUUAGUUUAUCUGAUGUAUUACGUUUUACUGUUUUACAACAAUUACGUAUAACUUCAUCAAGAUCACAACCACCAUCUGUAGCUGAAGUUGUUGAUGAACGUGAUGAAUUGAAUCAAGAUGGAAAACAAAAGAAAAAGAAAAAGUUAAAAAAAGAAAAAUCAUUUGACACUAAUCAUUUACUAUCAACUUGUUCGUCAGAAACAAUUAUAAAGAAUAAUAAUAAAAGUUUGAUUUCAUCACAUAAUACACCAAUCAUAUGUACAUUGAAUUCUACCCAUUCUAAUACUACAGUAAACACUAUUAUUACGACGAAUACUACUAAAACUCCUAUAACUGUAACAACAGUCACUGGAGGUGUUGGAUCUAGCCCUGAGCAUAUAAAUACUUCAUCUAGUCAUGCUACUAAUGAUAAUGUGAAAAUAAACAAAUCUAUUAAAUCUACUAAAUUAUCUAAAAAUCGAUUGAAUAAAUCGAAAAUUAAUUCAUUAAAAUCUGACAAUAACAAUACUACUAUUAAUAUUGAUUUAACAACAAAUAAUAAGAGUAAUAAUAGUAAUUUAUGCUCUGAUAAAAUAAUUCUAUCAACAGUUGUAUCAGAAAAAAUUACCUAAAUCAUUUAUUUAUUUUUCUCUGAUUGUUUAUUGAUUAUAUUAAGAUAAUGAAAAAUUGAAUUAAAGAAAGAAUUCGCAUUUCUUAUCAUCAUCUAAACAUUAACAUAAUAGAAAACCUAUAUAUAUAUAUAUAUAUAUAUAUUCUGAAUGAAAAAAUGAUCAAGGAUCAAUGUAAUCAAAGCUUUUUGUUAUAUAAUUAUGUAUAUAUUCAUAUCACAGUAGUCUAAAACAAAAAAACAUGUUUAUAACAAGAAAAAAACCUUCUCUUCUUUUAUAAUCUUCUUCAUCGGCUUUAUUUCUUUACUAUACAAAAACAAACAAACAAAAAAUAGUAACGAAUUCACUGAGUGGAAAAAUCCAUUUUAUCUUUCAAAAAUAACACAUUUUUUAUUAUCAGGGAUAAUAUUGGUCUAGUACACUUAACAAGGUUGGAGUUGUUGAGUAUAACUAUCAAUUUUAUUCAAUAUGUUUAUUACUAAAAUACUGAUCAUGAUAAUAAUUGAAUAUCAUCAACAUUGUUAUUGAAAAUAAUCUACUCAAGUCUUUCAUGAUUAUGAUCAGUUCAAUAUGUGUGCGUGUAUGCCUAGUUGUUUCAAUCAUUAUUUUGCACACAAUAAAUUUCAAUGCGAAAAAAUUAAAAGGAAAUAAACAAUCCAUAUACAAGCAGCAUAGUGUUCAGGUCUUUACAAGAAGCAGAUAGAGAUAGACAGUCAGAUAGAGAUGAAGGGAAGAAGAGAAAAUAUUUCUAUAGAUAAGUGAAAACAAAAUUAUAACUUACUCCCCUUUCCAUUUUAUCGAUUGUUUUUCUUUUCUCACUGCUUUUCGUUUGUUUGUUUUCUUCAUCCCAUCAACUAUGCAAUUUCUUUGUUGUUCUCUCAAAAAUUCACGUCAUCAUUAUUAUCGCUUAACUCCUGCCUUCAUUACUUGAUCGUAAUUCCUUACUGUUGUAGAUGUUGUAAUUGUUAUUAUCGUUAUUAUUAUUAUUAUUGUUUUGAGGUUCUUUCAAAUUCGGAAAUCUUAAAUCCUAUGGUUCUUCAAAACAAGAGUUGUGUAAUUUGUUUUUUUAUCCGAUUGUUCUUCCUGAUUAUUUUAUUUUUUUGAGAAGGCUUUAUUUCUUCAAAUAUAUUUAAUUCUGCAUUG